GGUGGAGAGGGAAAAAUUAAUUAAAUCAAAAAUGGUUAAAUUUUUUGCCAUGCUUCACUUUAUUGGCCUUAAUUAGCUUGUAUUUUUUGUUCAAUUCCGUCUGUGUUUUAUCGAGAGUAUAAUGACCAAUGCAGAAGAGGGCACUGUUGCACAAAACACGCAAGUUAAGCGGCGUCAGCCUGAACACAGAGGAAACAUAUAGGGAGGUUUACUGAGGACUUGAUGAGCCCCAGAUCCCAAACUACGGAGCACACUCUCAGAGACCAAGUAUUUUUAGGCAUUUACAGCAAAUUUCCACUCUCUUGGUUUUGUGACGCAUAUGUUGGGAAAAUAUACGAGUAUAGUUCCAGGCAACCAAUUUCUGCAAUGGAAGAGGGAAAACUGGAAGAGUAAAUCCAUAAAGACCCCAGUAUGAAGACACAACAGUUGAAGUGAACUUCAUUGAAAACAGAACCAUGGCUGAAGGAAUUACACAUUUCUCAGCCAACAAGCGACUUAUUGCUGGCCUGUUAGUCAACUUGCUCUCUUCAAUCUGCAUAGUCUUCAUCAACAAGUGGAUAUAUGUUCAUUAUGGAUUUCCUAACAUGACUUUGACCUUGGUUCAUUUUGUGAUCACUUGGCUGGGACUUUACAUGUGUCAGAAAAUGGACAUUUUCUCUCCAAAGAGCCUUCCAAUUCGCAGGAUAGUGUGGCUAGCUUUAAGCUUUUGUGGCUUUGUGGCCUUCACCAAUCUUUCCCUGCAGAACAACUCAAUCGGAACAUAUCAAUUGGCUAAGGCUAUGACUACACCUGUAAUCAUCCUCAUUCAGACGGCCUAUUACAAGAAAACCUUCUCCACAAAGAUUAAAUUGACCUUGGUGCCUAUAACAUUGGGUGUAAUACUAAAUUCUUACUAUGAUGUGAGGUUCAAUUUGCUCGGGACUGUGUUUGCUUCUCUGGGUGUUCUGGUGACCUCACUGUACCAAGUGUGGGUGGGAGCUAAACAACAUGAGCUCCAGGUGAACUCCAUGCAGCUUUUAUACUACCAGGCACCGCUGUCAUCAGCCUUUUUGAUCUGCAUUAUUCCAUUGUUUGAGCCAGUUACUGGUGAAGGGGGAAUAUUUGGACCCUGGUCACUGCCUGCAUUGGCAACUGUACUUCUCUCUGGUGUGGUGGCAUUCCUGGUCAACCUUUCCAUCUACUGGAUCAUUGGAAACACCUCAGCUGUCACUUACAAUAUGUUUGGUCAUUUUAAAUUUUGCAUUACUUUGGUUGGAGGUUACGUGCUUUUUCAAGACCCACUGUCAGUCAACCAGGCACUUGGAAUCCUUUGCACUCUGGCUGGUAUUCUCUCCUACACACAUAUUAAGCUCACCGAACAAGAAGAAGGGAAAAGUCGCUUGGCUCAGCGGCCUUAGCGUGAAACUCAAAAAUGGACUGACAAUUAAAAUGGACUUCUGCCUAAUGCACUCAGAGAAUUUAGUUCUGUACAGUUUUAACAUUAGUUACCUUGCAGCCUGUUUAAAGCUAAAAUAAAAUGUUCUUGAUUUGG